CUUUAUGAAUCUGCACACAAUACAGGAUUGUCUGACGCGGUUGACGACAUCAUCGUCUGUCUGAAGGACCUGUAUGCUACAGAAUAUGCGCAUGUGCGGCCUCUGUCGUGGCGUGAAGACCUCAACCUGGAUCUUUGAGAAGUCUACACCAGCCUGCAGCUCCAGCGAAGGGAUGACAGGGGGCACUUUCAGAACACAGACACUAUCGUAAGCUUCAAGGUAAAGGAAGGUGAAGAUGUCAGAAACGUAAGGGUAGAGGGUGACUCUGGUAUAGGGAAGUCGUGCUCUUGUCAGAAACUUGCCCAUGAUUGGUCCAACGGGAAAUUGGACAGAUUUAAGAUUGUUUUCUUUCUUGAAAUGCGACACUUAGCUGGGAAAGUAAACGAAGCAAUAUUUGAGCAGCUCCUACCAAAGGAUACAAAAUUCACCCCAGAAAGGCUCUGGUCAUGCAUCCAAGAGAACCAGGAUGAUGUUCUCUUCAUUCUAGAUGGUCUAGAUGAGCUCAGUCAGGCAGCUAGGGAAGUCACAGAUGUGGUGGACUUGAUUCAGGUUAAAAUCGUCAGGAACUGUCAUGUCCUGGUCACCUCCAGGCCAUACCACUGUGUCAAAGACCUGGAGAAAUGUCACCAGUUCUACAAAAUUGUUGGCUACAAUAAAGAAAAUUCAGAAGAGUUUAUACACAAAUACUUUUUUAUCCCAGAGUCUGCUUCUAAACUAGUGGAACAGUUUCAAAGUAACAUCAAUUUGUCAGAAAUAGUAGUUAAUCCUCUCAACAACGUUCUCAUUUGUGUUGUCUGGGAAGAUAGCAACAACGAAUUGCCUUCUAACAAAGCUGAACUUUAUGAAAUGAUUAUGCUUUCGGUUGCUAAGCGAUCCUGUACAAAGAAAAGCCUUCCAUUGGAUGGUGAUCAGCUUCCUCUCAACAUACAAGAAGCGUUACGAGGCCUGGAAAAACUGUCUUGGGAGGGGCUAGAGCAGGAGCAGCUCCAGUUUAACUUAAAUGAGAUCACAAAGAAGUAUGAAGUGAACGCUGAUAACAUGUUAGACAUGGGCCUCCUGACUAGAGAUUACUCUUUCUCCAGAAUCAAACGCACCUGCUACUGUGCCUUUCUGCACAAAACGUUUCAGGAAUACAUGGCCGCUCGCUACAUCGGUGUCCUGGUCACGGAUGGAAAUAGUAAAGUGACGCUGAAGAAGAGAGACGGAUGUCUCUCGAAACGUCCGGAAAUUUGGCACUGAAACACUUUACAUCGAAAGGAGCACGGACAUCACCGAUCUUUUCUUGGUAGUAUAAAAGUUUUGGCUACUGAUUGUGGAUUAUCUCUUUAUCAUUACAAUGUUGAUGCCUCUACAUGUAUAUUCUAGAUAUCAUAAUCUGUUACUGUUGUAUCCAUAUGACAUAACACAAAGAAAUAUUUGUAAAAUUAUCUUUUGCACAGAUGAUAUGAUCAAAUGGUAUUUAUUAAAUAAUAACACUGUUUGAAGCGACUGUGUAUGCCUGCCUGAGAGAGAGCUGCGACUCUCUACCUAAAUGGUACAUUCUUUGUGUCUUCAUAACUAAGCUUUAGAAAAUCUGUUAUGAAGUGAGUAAAGAAAAUAGAUUGAAAUGUCUGUAUCUGACAAGAGCACGACCCACUUUUUGUUGAUAUUAGUUAAUACAAACUUUUCUGUUGGAUAUCCCUGCCUCUAGGUUGUAAUAAGCUAAAAUAUUAUCAAAUAUGUUAGACAUGUUUUACUCGGCACCUUCAUUCCUACAUAGGGGGAAGUAACUGUACAUGUACAUUGAACUCAAAAUAUCCAGCAUACUUUAUAUUUCUGUAUAAUAGGGAAAGAAUAAAAAAUUAUGAAGGAGCAAAUGUUUGUACAUACUGGGUCUCAUUUUGGUGCAUUACAGAAGCUGCACAUUUAACAAGUUUAUUUUAUUGUCAUGAAUCCUGCGGUGACUGACUUUAUACAUGUUGCCUCCCAUAGACCAAAGAGAUAGAACAUACAUGUAUGAUAUGUGUUUGUUUUAGUGACAUGGUUGUUUGUUGCACAAACCAUGGCAGUAUUGACUGUUAAUAAAAUACUUUGAUGUGCGAGUAAUGUGAGAAGCCAAACACUCGAGAAGCCUUGGAUGGAUCCUGAUGAUGUUUGGUAGGUGGGUAGGGGUCAGGAAAAGGAACGUAAAGUUCGAUAAUGGGACCCCUAGCGGUUUGCUAAGGUACUGCAGCGGAGCUUCAUCUCGUGUUCUGGAUAUGCUGUGGUUGUUAUUUUCAUGUGGUAGAUAGCCCUUGUGAAAGCGACUUUUUACCUUU